AUGGAUGGUUUUGUGGUUGAGGAACCAUCGUUAGAACCGUAUGCGACACCGAACCCGCAUCCAGCGAGAGGCAUUUAUGGUUUUGCUCUAUUCGUGUGUUCAUCAAUCGCAUUUGCCUUUUAUUUAAUUUGGGCCAUUGUGCCGACCCCGUGGCUGAACGCUUUGCAAAUCACAUACGUACCAGCCAAGUAUUGGGCAAUCGCAAUCCCCCUAUUGUUCCCGUUCGGUGUUUUCGUUUACGUAACGACCAUUUUCGCCAUCAAUCUGAUCAAUUUUCACGGAGUUUUCGAUAGCGUUGAGGUGAUUGCUUAG